AUGGAGACUCCCCACGCCCGCUGCCUCGACUCCUCCACUUACGACACCACCUUCGACGGCUUCUGCGCCCCGACAAUCCCCGUGCUCGUCCACCGUGAUGCCCGGUUGGCCGACCGCGGCGCCUUCCGCGCUCAGCGGGACUGGCAACACAUCUGUGACGCCGGACUGCCGCAGGGGUUUUCCGGCAUCUCCGGGCCAGAGCACAAUUACGUGGCGACCGCGAUGCCGGGCGUGUUGCCGGAGCGCAUCGAGCUUGUGUCGUAUAUGGUGGAGCUAAUGUUUAUUGGCGACGACGUGGUUAACGAGGCGGAGUCGCCCGCGGCUGUGGCGGGGCCGAUGAUGAUGGGGCUUUUGGCCGCGUUGCGGGCAGCGCGGAGGGCCACGGAGAACGGGAAUCGGGAGAGUGUGUCGGCUUCAGCGUCACCGGCUGAGAGGGUGUGGACUUCAGUGGCUACCGCAUUAUUUGAGAUGGACCGGCCCCGGGCUGAGGAAUUGGCAAGGUGGUUUGAGAAGAUGGUUACAGUAUUGGUGACGCAGUUCGAUGAUGAGAAGCAUUUUGAGAACGUGGAGCAGUAUCUUGAAUAUCGGCGGAUGAACAUGGCCUCCCAGUUUUCGUUCGGGUUGGUUUUGUUUGGUAUAGCAGCCGAUAUCCCCAAAGACCAGCAGGAAGUCUGCUUCGAGCUCACGCAGGCCUUCUGGAUGCAAACUUGCCUCGUGAACGACAGCCACUCGUGGGGGCGUGAGCGGGAUGCUGCAGCGGCAGCUGGCCAGAAAUGGGUGAGCAACGCCAUUUGGGUGCUCAUAAACAAGCACUCGAUGACCCACGAAGCUGCCCAGGCGUUCUGCCGCCGGAAAGCCAGCAAAUACGCUGCGGAAUAUGAGCGAACAGUUGCGCAAGCCAUGGACAGAGACGACCUCUGCCGCGACGCCAAGCGCCUACUCGACAAUUUCAGGCUCGGCAUGACCGGGAACGUGAUCUGGGGUCUGCAGUGCCCUCGAUACCAGAAGCGCCGGAAGUUAACCGAGGAUCAGCUCCAGAUGAAGGAGGAAAUCAUGGGAGAGACGGAAACCUUCGGCUGGACUCGUGACCAGAUCGUCGGUGUUGAUGAUCAACCCGAGAUCCCCCCCUUCCCCUUCUCCGACACGCUCCCCAAACGCAGCUCAUGCAUAAACGGCCCGCCAAACGACAUGCUAACCAACGGUUCCGCUGUCCCUGCAACCCGUACCAAGAAACCACUCACCUCAAACGCCGGCAUCGUGCGAGAUGUCCCUGCUCUCAAUAUCCAGAUCCUCACCGCCCCAUCACAGUAUCUCGACUCCCUGCCCGGGAAAGGCAUCCGCGACAAAACCAUCGGCGCCCUGAACACUUUCUACCAGGUCUCUCCGCAACAACAAGCGACGAUAUCCAGAGUCAUCGAUCUCCUGCAUGGCGCCUCGCUGUUGCUUGACGACAUCCACGACUCGUCCCAGCUCCGCCGGGGCAAGCCGGCGACCCACCGGGUGUUUGGGGUCAUGCAGACCAUCAACACAGCGGGGUAUCGAUUCUUGGACGCUUUGAAGGAGGUGUUGAAGCUUGAUAACGAACGGUGUAUGGACAUUUUCUGCGAGGAACUUGAAAACCUGUAUCUCGGACAGAGCCAUGAUGUGUCGUGGACGUCGACUCUGGAGUGUCCGAGCGAGGAGGAAUAUCUCUCCAUGGUGGACGGCAAAACAUCGGCACUUUUCAGAAUGUCGGUCGCCAUGUUGGAUGCCCUGUCAGAUCAUCCCCAAAAGCCAGACAUCGCCCAGCUCAAUCGCUUCAUGAACCUGCUAGGGCGCAUGUUCCAGAUCCGUGAUGACUACAUGAACCUCACUUCAGCCGAGUACACCAAGCAAAAAGGCUUUUGCGAGGACCUCGACGAGGGGAAAUUCUCGUUGCCCCUCAUCCACGCCCUAGGACGCUGCGAAGACGCGGGGGGUAUGGGCCUCAGGCCCCAGGACAAAGCCCGCGCGUCCAUGAUCCGCAAUCUCCUCGCCCAGCGUCUCGUGGCCGGAAAGAUGACGCUGGAUCAGAAGAAGCUGGUACUAGAACAGCUCAAGGCACAGGGGAGUUUGGAGUACACCCGCCGGGCGAUCGAUGCACUGCACCAGGAGCUGGGCCUUUUGGCUCAACAAACGGGGUUGGAUAAGAUUGAGGAGUUGAUGUUGGUUUUGGCUGUUUUGAAGGUGUAA